AUGCCGAUCUAUACCUUGGAAGAUCUGAAGAGACCACAGGCUGGUAAUCCCAAAAUCGGACGCCGGUUCACAGACUUGAGACCAAAGCCUGCACCACCCAAGACCAAGCCUACCGAGAUCGACAAGGUCACGACCAGGAAGGCGGCGAAGAAACCAGCCAAGAUAGCCACGAGCGAAGACCAUGACAACGAUGAUGGCGAUGAUUACUAUGUGCCCUCGGAGUAUGAUCAAGACUCUGACAGUGAUGCAAGCAGCAUCAUGUCGGUCGAUGCCAAAGAUAUGGGUGAUGGCGUACAAGAAAAGCUUGAUAGAGAUGGCAAGGUCAUCAGAACUCGAGGCCAAGUCAAGGACUACGCGCUUGUGGAAGAAGCAGUCAAAGCGGACGAAUCGUUCAAAAAGGCUGGUUUAUACUUCAAGCAACAGUUCAAAGCUCUGCUCGCCGAGCAGUACGUCAACGCAAAAGCUGAAGUCGAUGAUCCAAAUGUUCCAACUGUCGAAUGCGAUCUCCAGGGCCCGAAUGACGAUGUGGAGGCUAGUUUUGGCCUGCAGCGCGCACCAGAUCAGACCAGGGAGGAGUUUCUCACGUCCAUGACACCGGAUUAUGUCUACAAAGAGGGCAACAAGAUUUAUUCACCCGCCUACAAAAAGUCUAUUUGGAAGGAGCCUCACAAAGGCAAAGACGGAACUGUCGAGUGGAGAGCCACGGAAGCUGACCUGCUUUAUGUCUAUCCUGAUGGCUCAAUUGCAUUGCGCCGGAGAUUUGACUUGGAAACUUCUGCGACUGAAGGCAUGCGACCUAACAAGAGGAAGCGGGUCGAAGAGGACGGCAAGGAAGAAACAGAGUGA